AUGCAAGAAGACAAACAGGCGAGUAACCAGACAGUGUCUCUUUCCACUGCAGGUAUGCGAGCCCUAGUGGCCCAGCUCCAGGCGCUCUAUCUCCGAACACCGGUGAAGCUUUUCCGGCCCUCCCGCUUCGAUUACUUGGUCUAUGUGCGUGAGCUCGCAGACAAACACCAUCAGAUCAAGUCCAAGCCAUACAGCUUCCGAACCCAUCUGACUCCAGGCAUGAUUUUCAGUGUAGCACGUACAAACGGCUGGCGAUUCCUCCCAGAUCAGGUUCUUCCGCCUCUUGUGGCCAACUCGGCGACAGGCGUGAUUCUCUAUGCUACGUACUUGACUACCCUUGACAUUCUCUCGCCUGGCAGAGGCGACUACUCGCCGAUUGACACGUGGAAGGCGGGCUUUCUUGCUGGAGCAGCGCAGUCUCUCGCAGCAGCACCUGUUGAUGCCAUUUAUACUCGUCUGUCUACUGCGGAAUUGAUCAGCGGAGAACAUACGAACUUGUGGGUUUACGGCAUUAGGAAGCUUCGCGAAAUAGGCUUGGUGGGGGUAUUUGCUGGCUAUGGUUUUUCGUUUGCCAAAGAGAGUGUGGGCUUUGCAUUUUAUUUCCUGACGUUUGAGCUCAUCAAGACUCGUGGAUAUCGGGCGACGCGGCGGGUCCUCGCAGCAUUUGGUCGGGCCAAAGAUUCCUUCCGGAGGCUCUUCAAUCUACCUUCUCCGGACCCAGCAAUGUCACUUCGAGCGGAACAGCGCCAGGCUAAGUUUCUCAAGUCGACGUUUGUUCUUUUAGCAGGUGCAUCUGCCGCUUUUGCGCUUUUGGCUGUUCAGUAUCCAAUCACAAAAGUGCAGAAGAUUCACUUGGCUCGGCUUGAAGCUCGAGACAUUUACUCAGCCCGCACAGAGACUCGCGCAGUGUACUAUCGAGCUUACUUGGAUACUUAUCACGAGGUUGUUCGCAUGAAAAGAAAGGCACAGACGCCUUGGCUCCAAUUGGCAUAUAAGGGCUUCGUGAGGAAUGCUCUUACAUCAAUUCCCGCAACGUCUGUGGGAUUGUUGGUAUUCGAAAUCAUGCGAACGAGACUAGCAGAGGAGUAG